AUGAGUGACCGCGGCCCCCGCGGCCCGCGGUGCGCUAACGGCGCUCGGCGGCUCCGCGGACUCCAUUUCCCACCGCACCCCGCGGCGCGGACGGGAGGGGGGGCGGGUUCCUACGGCGGCCGGCGCGGGCCCGGUCUCGUGACGCGCGCCGUGCGCGGACGCCAAGAUGGCGGACGAGGAGGGCGAAGCGGGGCCGGGGAGGGACCCCCGGGCGGGCCCCGCGUCGUCCGCAUCGUCAAGUCCGAGUCCGGCUACGGCUUUAACGUCCGCGGGCAAGUGAGCGAAGGCGGGCAGCUGCGCAGCAUCAACGGCGAGCUGUACGCGCCGCUGCAGCACGUCAGCGCCGUGCUGGGCGGAGGGGCCGCCGACCGCGCCGGGGUGCGCAAGGGGGACCGCAUCCUGGAGGUGAACGGGGUGAACGUGGAGGGAGCCACGCACAAGCAGGUGGUGGAUCUGAUCCGCGCCGGCGAGAAGGAGCUGGUGCUGACGGUGCUGUCGGUGCCGCCGCACGAGGCCGAGAGCCUGGAGCCGCCCGAGGAGCCGCUGGGGCCGCCCUUCUACGACUACAGCGAGAAGCAGGCGGUGCCCAUCUCCAUCCCCACCUACAAACACGUGGAGCAGAGCGGGGAGAAGUUCGUGGUGUACAACGUUUACAUGGCCGGGCGGCAGCUGUGCUCCAAGCGCUACCGGGAAUUCGCCAUCCUGCACCAGAACCUGAAGCGGGAAUUCGCCAACUUCACCUUCCCGCGCCUGCCCGGCAAGUGGCCGUUCUCGCUGUCCGAGCAGCAGCUGGACGCCCGCAGGAGGGGCCUGGAGGAGUACCUGGAGAAGGUGUGCUCCAUCCGGGUCAUCGGCGAGAGCGACAUCAUGCAGGAGUUCCUGUCGGAGUCGGACGAGAAUUACAACGGCGUCUCCGACGUGGAGCUGCGGGUGGCGCUCCCGGACGUCACCACGGUGACGGUGAGGGUGAAGAAGAACAGCACCACGGACCAGGUGUACCAGGCGGUGGCUGCCAAGGUGGGCAUGGACAGCGUCACCGCCAACUACUUCGCCCUCUUCGAGGUCAUCAACCACUCCUUCGUGCGGAAGUUGGCUCCCAACGAGUUCCCCCACAAGCUCUACGUGCAGAAUUACACCUCGGCCGUGCCGGGGACGUGCCUGACCCUGCGCAAGUGGCUCUUCACCACCGAGGAGGAGGCGCUGCUCAACGACAACGACCUGGCCGUCGCCUACUUCUUCCACCAGGCCGUUGAUGACGUCAAGAAAGGCUACAUCAAAGCCGAGGAGAAAUCCUACCAGCUCCAGAAGCUCUGCGAGCAGAGGAAGAUGGUCAUGUACCUGAACAUGCUGCGGACGUGCGAGGGCUACAACGAGAUCACCUUCCCGCACUGCUCGUGCGACUCGCGGCGCAAGGGCCACGUCAUCUCGGCCAUCAGCAUCCGCCACUUCAAGCUGCACGCCUGCACCGAGGAGGGCCAGCUCGAGAACCAGGUGAUCGCCUUCGAGUGGGAGGAGAUGCAGCGCUGGGACACGGACGAGGAGGGCAUGGCCUUCUGCUUCGAGUACGCGCGCGCCGAGAAGAAACCGCGCUGGGUCAAGAUCUUCACCCCCUACUUCAAUUACAUGCACGAGUGCUUCGAGCGAGUGUUCUGCGAGCUCAAGUGGAGGAAGGAGAACCUUUUCCAGCUGGUCAGGUCACAGCAAAGGGACGCGGCCACUUAACCCCGGCAGCUUUUCCAGGAACCCCGAAAACCCCUUAUUGUAUUAAAGCCCCCCCAAACUAAAUCUCAUUAAUUCCGAAUCCAUUCGUGCCCGUCAUCUUUAUGGAAUUCCGGAGGAAAAAACCACAAAAAUCUGGGAAGAGCCACCCCAGGGGGCUCCUUUUUCCCACUCAGAUCCAGCUCCAGGCUGGGAAUUUUGGGAUUUUUUUUGUUUUUCACAACUGGAAUUAAGGAGUUGUUGUUUCUGCUGGGUCAGACGUGGAAAAACACGGGAGGGAAAAGCUCCUGGGAAUGUUCCAUUCCUGCCUGGCCAUCCUUGGGAAUGAUUCCUUCAAAACCCCACGGGGUGGCAGCAGCUUUUCCAAGGGAUUUUCCGCCCGUUUCUCCUCCCAAUCCGUUUUUGCAGUCACUACAGAUUAAAAAAAAACCAGGAAAACAUCCCAAAGGAGUCCAAUUCCAAGGAAAUGCCUCUCCUGGCGCAGGGAUCCCGCUCGUGGAUUUGUGGUCCUGCUUUUUGGGGUGUUUUCCCAGGGAUUUUGGCCGUGCCUGGCUCCUGGGGAUGGGAUCUGGGAGAUCCCAGGAUCCCGAGGCUGCCCCUGGAUAAAUAACCUGGAAAAGCCAGUUUUCCCUAUUUUUGAGUGGGAUUUUUUCCCUGGAUCCAGUGGCUGGGCAGCUCCCGGGAAGGAAAAAUAACCCCAAAAAGCCAUUUUUCCCUAUUUUUCAGCACUUUUUAAUCCAUGACUUGGGUGUCCAAGCAGGGAAAAAGAACUUGGAAAAAAAAAAGAGCAGGAUUUUUUCCAUCGUUCUGGAGGAAAAGUAAGGUGGAAAAUUCAUUUUCCCUGCUUUUGAGUGGGAUUUUUCCACACAUCCAGUGGCUGGGAUGUUCCCAGCAGGGAAAAAUGAGCUGGAAAAGCUUUUUUUUCCCUGGAUUGGAGCAGGAGUUUUCCAUGUCUGGUGUGGACGAGCAGCUGCCAGAGGGAAAAACCCUCUGGAAAAGAGAUUUUCCCGGAUUCGGAGUGGGUCUUUCCCAUGUUUUGGGAGGAAAAAUAAGGUGAAAAAGGGAUUUUUCCUUGGAUUUGAGCAGGUUUUAGCUGCAGUCCAGGAGGCCCAGCAGCUUCCAGCUGGAAAAAUCACCUGGAAAAGCCAUUUUUUCCUGGAUUUGAGUGCAAUUUUUCCAUGGUUUGGGAGGAAAAUUUAGGUGGAAAAGCCGUUUUCCCUUGGUUUGGAGCGGGAUUUUGCCGUGGAUCUGGCAGCUGAGCAAUUCCCAGAAGGAAAACUUAGGGCAAAACCGUUUUCCCCUGGUUUGGAGUGAGGUUUUUCCCAUGUUUUGGGAGGAAAAAAUCCCCUGGAAAAGCUGGUUUUGCCCAGUUUGGGGCUGGCCUGGAGCCGGUCUCGCGGGGUGGAUUUGGGAAUGUUUGGAACCAAACCCAGCAGGGGCAUCCCGGCCUCAUUCCCGACCUCUGGAAUGUGCCAGGACCGCUCCAAAGCGGGAUUUUCCCCCAAAUCCCUUUUUGGGAAGGGCUUUUCCCCACUCCUCCCCCCGGAGCCAGGAUGGGGGAAGAUUUAUUUUGGGUUUUUUUUUGGGGGAGGGGGGGGUUGGAAAUCCCAAAUCCUCGGCUCUGGAGCAGCCGAGAGCUGGGAAUUAAUUCCAUUAAUUGGAUCCCUGUAAUUAAUUGGAUUUCCGUUGUCCUCGGGAGCCCCGAGCCGUGGAGAACCCAGGAAUGGGGGAGGGAAACUGGGAGAGGUUUGGGACCCCCCAAAUCCCCCCUGAGAUCUCCUUCAGCACCCCCAGUUUGGGGAGAAUCCCAGGAAAAGCUUCAUUUUGAUCCCGAUUUUCCCGCUAGCCCCAAAUUCUGACGGAUCAAGGAGGGCUGAGCCAUCUUCCUGCGGGGUUUUUUUAAUCCAAAAAGAGAAAAAAAACCCAAAAAAAAGGAGAAAUCGGUCCAAAAAAAUACAAAACCAAAACCCCUCUGCCCCCACUUUGUCCCAUUUUCCCUCUUCCAGCUGCUCCCAUUCCUCGGCUUCGGGAAAAGCCCCUUUAGUGUAAUUAAUUGUAACAUAUUCUUUUAAAUAAAUUGAUUUAUUGAGGAAA